CCCUGACUGUCUGCCUCCGCCUCUCGUCCCUCAAUCUCGGCGUGAGGUUUCUCUCGUUUCAUCCAUCAUGUUAGGAGGCAAUUCAUCUUCAUCCUCCUCUUCUCCAUUCGGUUAUCAGCAAGGGGGACAGCAGCAACAGUCUCAACAGCCUUUCAAUAGCGGCUUUGGUGGUCAGCAACAGCAGCAGCCGCCUCAGGGUCACAGCCAAGGCUACAAUCCGUACCAGCAGCAGCAGCAGACGCCUGCGCAACAUCAGCCCUUUCAAUCCUUCGGCCAGUCACAGCAGGGUGGCUUUCCCGGCGGUCAACAGCAGCAAGGGCAGCCCUUCCAGACCCCUCAACAGCAGCAACAGCAGCAGCAGCCGUGGGGCGCUCAGAGUCAAGGUGGUGCCAUGAACCAAGGGUGGAGCCCAGCCGGCGUGCAGCAGCAGCAGCCAUACAAUGGUCACGAUCAGCAGCAUGGGAUGAUGUUCUCGCAAGGCCAACAAAGCUUCUACGGCCAGCAACAGCAACAGCCACACCAGCCCCCGAUGCAGCAAGUCUACCUACCCGGCUACCUGAGCAAGAUUCGCGGCCAACGACCCUACUCAGCUGCGAGUCGCAAGGUCAGCGACAAUGCCAACUCGCCUCCCAAGCAAGAUGAUGCCGCUCUCAGCUCUGGUUCAGCAAAUGCGCAUGCGACCCCCAAUUCGAGAGGCUCUCGCGAUGGCAAUCGACGCAAUUCCCUUGAUGGAGCUGGUGGACCUUCUUCUCCUCUGCAGGGUUUCCAGUCCUCCUUCUUCUCUUCACCCACCGACUAUGCAGCGCAGAGUCGCUCCACCUUCGACGGGUCGGGCAGCAUCUUCGGCGUAGGAGGACUGCGCGGCGGCGGCAACCGCAAGAGCGUAGGGCCAGGGGCGAGCAGGGAUAGCGCCUCUGCCGCUGGCACGCCCGGGCGAGAGAGGUCAGCCAGCUAUAUGCGAGCAUCGAGCAUCGGAAGUCCACAAGCGCAAAGCACGGUCGACGAUGAUGAUGCGCCGCCCUUUGAGGCUCUGGCAGACGUCGACGCCUCACGCGAGCAGUUCGGCGCCGCUUCCUUUGGCGACUCGGUCAACGCAAUGGCCACAUCGCCUCCCAACAGGCAGCAGAACAGCAGCGCAGGCUUCGGUACUCCCUCCUAUGGUGGGCGCAAUACGCCCAACUUCAGGCGGCAAGAAGUUGCGGCUCAACCCUCUCGCAUGGACAACGGCCGCGAGUCCGCGAUAUGCACCCUCCUUCUAUACGGCUUCCCCUCCUCACUAAGCCACGCUGUCCUCUCGCAUUUCAAUGGCAUCGGCGAGAUCACCUCGCACACUUCCCUUGCCCCGGCCCCGGACUCAAGCAGCAGCGACGGCUUUGUCGUCUCGGAGUGCUUGCGUAUCACCUACGCUGAGCCGUGGCACGCCCUUCGCGCUUUGCGACGCAGUGGCGAGGUGGUAGCGGGUGUGGCAUAUGUGGGCGUCAGACUGGCGGACGAUAUGCUUCACCAGGAGAUGCUCCUCAAUGGAAUGAGCUCGAGCAUGUUCACCAAUGGCAGCGCUGCCUCUAUGAUCGGGAGCAACACGACCUCCCCGCCCCUGGCGGCUGCAACCGUCACCAAGCCCAUCGGUGGACCAAGCGCCGGAUCGGCAUCUUCAGGCGCAGGGACAGGCGCUGGUGCUCGUUCGGCGCGCGAUUCGACGCCCUCCUUUGGCCGACCAGUGACCAUGGUCGACAGCCCCGCUGCCGCCUUGCGAGCCCGAACGCAAGGUGGACCUGGAGGUGCGGGUACUUCUUCGCCCUUCAGCAAGGUCACGGGUCUGUUUGGCGGAGCCACUGCCGCGCCAAACGGUAGCAACGCAGGCACGCCCUCGAGAGGUGGAGCGACGCAGGCUGGGGGUAGCGGGCCGGGCACACCUGGAAAUCAAAGUGGUGUGAUGGGGAGGAUCGGGGAUGCCAUCUUUGGCUGGUAGCGCAGACAGUUACCUCGAGGUGUGAACCAUGUCAUCUAUUCAUGCUCAUCACGUUGUUUCUCUCAUUCAAUUGACUCGUAUCGAGGCACGCAUCCUCAUCGCAAUC